AUGCAUUUAACUACGCUACUAUGCUACCUGUGGGCCGUGAUCGCCUCUGUUCAGUGCCACUCCAUACAGGGCUUGACAGACCUAGUCAAACGUCGUCUUCCUGCUCAUGUUGAUGACAUUUCAUUCGUACUCGAUGCGGAAGACCAUACUCCGGGCGUGACAAACGACCAAUACAUGGUCAAUUGCGACCAUGGAAAGGUCUCAAUCCAGGGCAAUUCUCUCAGCGCCCUUGCAUCAGGCUUGCACCACUACUUAACCGACGUGGCAAAUACUGAUAUGUACUGGUUCAUCGGGAGUCAAUUGGAUCAAGUCCAAACGCUGCCCACCUGCGAACCCUGGAAUCGGUCGAGCAUUGUCCCUUGGAGGUACCAUUUCAAUACAGUGACGUUCUCCUAUACCACGGCAUUCUGGUCGUGGGAAGACUGGGAGCUGGAACUAGACUGGCUUGCCUUGAGAGGAGUCAAUCUACCUCUCGCCUGGGUCGGCGCGGAAAAGAUCUUACUCGAGGUCUUUGAAGAGAUGGGACUCUCUCGGUCAGAGGUCAUUGAAUUCUUUAGUGGUCCUGCAUUCCAAGCUUGGAAUCGAUUCGGCAACAUCCAAAGCUCCUGGGGCGGUCCCCUUCCAAUGUCAUGGAUUGAUAGCCAAUUUGAGCUGCAGAAGCAAAUUCUUCAACGCAUGGUCGAACUUGGAAUGACUCCAGUACUUCCAGCUUUCACGGGAUUUGUCCCUAGAGCCUUUCCAGAGGUAUUUCCAAAUGCAACUCUCGUCAACAUUUCUCAAUGGAACGGGUUUAGUCCUCAGUAUACGAACGAUACAUUCCUGGAUCCUUCGGAUUUUCUCUUCGCCCGGCUGCAAAAGAGUUUCAUUGCGAAACAGCAACAGCAUUAUGGCAAUAUCUCCCACAUUUACACCCUAGAUCAGUUCAACGAGAACGAUCCCAUCUCUGGAAACCCAGAUGACCUCCAGCAACUCUCGAAUACGGUCUGGCAGAGUCUAAAGCGAGCCGAUCCCAACGCGAUCUGGAUGCUCCAAGGCUGGCUCUUCUUUAGCAAUUCUGACUUCUGGACCAACGAAAGAGUGGAAGCUUUCCUGAGUGGAGUAACGGAGGACCAUGACAUGUUAAUUCUGGAUCUGUUUUCGGAGACGCAGCCACAAUGGCAGAACCUGAAUUCGUACUAUGGAAAGCCGUGGGUGUGGUGUCAAUUGCAUGAUUACGGGGGCAACCAAGGCCUCUAUGGCCAGGUGAUGAAUGUUACUAUCAAUCCAAUCGAGGCGAUAGCCAACUCUUCCUCUCUCGUGGGGUUUGGAUCGACCAUGGAAGGUCAGGAAGGAAAUGAAAUUAUGUACGACCUACUACUUUCGCAAGCUUGGUCCAGUUCGCCCAUCGAUUUGCCAACGUACUUCCAUAAUUGGGCAAGAAGACGUUAUUCGAAUGCCACGGAAAGCCGCCUGCCAGAGUCGAUCUAUCAGGCUUGGGGAAUCCUUCUACAUACAGUCUAUAACAACACGAACCUGACGGCUGCCCAGGCUGUCACGAAAUCUAUCUUUGAACUCGCUCCAAAUUCAACCGGCCUUCUCAAUCGCACUGGUCAUCAUCCAACCACAAUCACCUACGACCCGGCCUCUCUCGUUGAAGUCUGGCAGACGUUCCUCUCGGCUGCCGAUUCUCUUCCUACACUUUGGUCCAAUAGAGCCUACCAAUUCGACCUCAUCGACAUAGCCCGGCAGGUCCUCGCCAACGCAUUUAACCCCCUAUACACCACUUUCGUCGCUCAAACGAAUCUCACGACCUUGAACACCUCUGACACGUCCGCCUUGAACGGAGCCCUGGCUGCGGCUUCACAGACACAAACCCAAAUCCUCUCCCUCCUCUCCACGCUCGACACACUCUUGGGGUACACGCCGAGCGAAGUGCCUGAAUCUUCCCUUAAUUCCUGGGUCACAGCUGCUCGUGCGUGGUCGGCCUCCAAUGGCAUCACAUCAAAAUACUUGGCUUAUAAUGCCGUCAACCAGAUCACGCUCUGGGGCCCGGCGGGCGAGAUCUCAGAUUAUGCCUCACGUCAAUGGGCUGGAUUGGUCGGGGGGUAUUACGUACCUCGUUGGCGUCUGUUCACCGAGGCGUACAUUGAUGCCCUGAGGAGUGGGGUGCCGGUCAAUCAGACCGCAUGGGAGAAUCAAUUGUUGACAUGGGAGGAGCAGCAGCAAAUACCGUUGGGCCAGAAUCUCGAGCAAUUGCGAGAUCCCACUGAGCUGCAGGGGAUGAUGACAUCGAUUGAGGAGGCGUGGUGUGAGAUGCUCGGAUGUUGA